AUGCCGAUGAAGUCGCCGCUGAGGACGCGGCCGAUGGUGGAGAUUGCGGUGGUGACGAGGCCGCGCUGCGAGGUGUUGAGCGUGCGUUGGAGGAGCGUUUGUACGAUGUACAUUACGUCGUCGACGGCGGAGGUGAUGAAGGGCGCGUUGGAGAUUGUGGAGACGGGGGAGCUGAGAGAGAGGGUUAGGUCGGAGGGGGCCUCGUCGAGCUGGAAGGCCUUCUCGACGGAGCGCCGGCAGAAGAAUGUGGUCAUCGCGGAGAAGGGGAGCAGCAGACGGGACUCGACUUUCUGCGCGAGGAGAGAGUUUUGGAGGAGAGGGGGGAGGGUCAAUGGGAUUGCCACUUCGGCGUCGGUCGAGGGGUCGGGUUGGGGUGGCUGUGGUAGGUAG